AUGAAUAAAAGACAGAAGACUGUUUUUCUUGUUUUUAUUUUACUCAUUGGUUAAUGCUAAGCUGGGUAUCUAAGAGGAUAAGACUAGACUAUACUUUGGAAUAAUACUAUUGAUCCAGCUUCUAUUGGCUAUAUUCCUAAUGUUUAGUAUCUAGGAUCCGGAUACAAUAUUUAUUUUGCCAAUCCUCAUUCUACUACAGGACUUGACCCUGGAUUUACAAACUCUGGCAUUCUUGAAUUAGAUUAUAACAAUAAUCUAUGGACUAAUAUUAAUCCAGAUCGCUCUUAUUACGUCCCCGAUAAUGUAAGCUUAACUGUAGAAAAAAGCUGCAUUGUUUCAUUUUAAUCUUAAGAAGUAAAUUCACUUUCUUAAUACAGAGAUAGUUUGUCUUCUUCUGUGCAAUUCUAAGCUAAAUAUUUUGCAGGAAAGUUUUCAGCUAGUUCAGACUAUUAAGAAGUCUAAGAUGGACUUAAUUCUGCCAAUAUUUAAUAUAUAGAGUCUUAGGCUAGGUGCUCGAUAUUUUAACUUGAUGUGUACAAUAGUCCUUCUUAAAAUGCUUAACUUACUCCUUAACUCUAGUAAGCUUUGUUUACUUUAGCUUUUAACUAAACAUCUUAAAAUGAUUACUAUGAUUUUAUUGAUACUUGGGGUACUCAUGUUGUAACUUCGGUUAACCUUGGUUCUCGUUUUGGAUACAAAUAUCAAAUGGAUAAGUAUCAAUCUAAUUAGCUAACUUAAUAAGGAGUAAAUUUAUCAGUAAGUGCUUCUUAUUUCAGCUCUUCUGGAUCCGCUUCUGGUGCAUACAACUAGACUUAAAUACAAAAUUUUACUCAAGCAAUGACUAGCUGGUCUUCUUACUCUAUAGGAGCUACCCCUGAUGCAAAUUAAGACCCUUUAUCAUGGGCAUAGCAAACUCUCGACACUCCUAUGCCAAUUAAUAUCUCAAUUUUAUCAUUUGAUGACUUUUUGAAUAAAUUCUCUUUUUCUGUUAACGGAUUAACUUCUUCAUAGUUAAAUACAGUUAUUAGUAAUUUGAGUUAAUAUCUAUAAACUUACUGUGCUAAUAGAUUGUUAGUAAAUGGUAAAAUUGAUGCUUGCGCAGAUUAAGAAGUGUCAAGUUCUUAAAUAUUCUAAUACUCAAAUAAUACCUUUAAAAUUUAAAACUUUUUAAGUAAUAACUACAUAUAAGGUUAAAAUGGAUAGAAUAUUACUAGUGCAGUAUUAUUUACUAAAAACCCUAAUAUAAAUAUUGCACAACCUGAUUUCUAAUAAUUUAAAAUGCAAAUAUAAUCAUCUAACACAGUUUCUUUCAUCUAAAAAUAAGGAGGAGAGUGCAUUACAUAUUCAAGUUCAUAAAAUAAUUCAACCUUAACUUUGCAAAGCUGCAACGGUUCCUAAAAUUAACAAUUUUAAGUUAUUGAUAUUGCCCCAUCUCUUUUUUACAUUAAAUCAACAAUGAAUAACUUAUACUUCACAAGCUAAGGAUCAUAUUUCUAAAUGUAAUAGCUACAAAGUUGCUUAGGAUGCUAAGUUUUUAAUUUGGCAUAUAUUAUAUGA